UAAACUCACCUAUUUUUCCAAUCAUGCCAUAUUAUCAAGAAAUUUAGGAUUUAACGAUUAACCAAACUAAAACUUUCAAAAAACUGGUCACUUACCGUUUGCAUAACAAUAUCGUUGCUUUAAUAGUUCUAAAAAUUAAUACCAAUUUAAGAAUUCUACAUCACAUCUACACAUUCAAUACUUCAAUUCAAUAUGUAAUAUUCGAAUCAAUGAUAUUUGGGUUGCAAUUUUAAAAUUAUUCUCCACUUAUAGGAGGACAUAAAUUAAAUUUACUAUUAAACUCAAAUUAAAAUAAUCAAAAUAUGAAAAUUAAAAUAUCAAAUAACAAAGAAAAUACUUUCGGGAGAGUUAGUGAUGUAGCUAACAAUAGUGGAAAAGUCAUAUAAUUUUUAGAUUUUAGGUUUCCAGAUUUUUUAUUUAAAAAGAUACAAAAUAUUUUUUUAUUGUAACUGGUAAUGGUUGUUGUCUUCGUUUGGAAAAACCAUGGUUCAAAUCCCGCGAUUGAUGUUUUUUUCUUAUGAAUGAAAAAUAAAUUAUAAUUGUGAAGAGACAAUUACCCUUUCUACUUUCGCUCUCGUUGCAGAAAAUUUGAAAUGCUAAAAAACUGUCCCCAACUAUGCUAUAAUAUAUUUGUAUAUUAAUAGGAUUCCUCAAGAAACUAAAAAAAAUUGACUUGAAAUGUUCUCUUAUUUCAGCUAAUUUUGUUGUGUUGCCUACUCCAAUUGCCAUAACAACUAGUACAAACUGAACUAAACAUGUUCUCGAUAUCUAUCCGCAAAAAGACAGAAAAUGGUGCUAAAUAGUGCCCAAGUCUUCGAGUCGUGGUUGGCUUUGUUAGGGCGAAUCCAGACAAAUACUUCUUGCGCAGGCCACGAUUUUUAUCAAAUCAACUGCUAGAGCCACAUAUAUUUUGAUAAUAAGGCAAAAGAAACCGGCCCUACUCAUCAAUUCGCUAAUUGCGAACAAAAAACCGCUAAUCCCUACCCUUAAUGGUUCUUAAUUUGAUUAACAAAAAAUUAUGCAAGCUGCUAUCUCCCUCUUCCCUAAACUCUCUCUGUAAUUGUCAUUUCGUGGGGUUGGGUUGGGUGGCUCUCUUUUUCUGUGUGCGUUGCGUUUCUUUCAUUUCUUUUCUCCCCCGGCUCCUUUAUCUGCUCUGCCAAAAUACCUCCCAGAAAAGAAAUUGCCCUUCUCUCUCUCUCUCUCUCUCUCCCUCUCUCUCUCUGUACAGAAGACCUUUAUCAGCUGUCCCGUGAGCUUUUGCCCAAAAGGGGAGUUCUCUCCUUUGAUUCAUAACUACAGGAAAGAGCAAAAAAAUUAAAGGAAACCAGAAAGUGGGCAAAUGUUUUCCCCCCGACGAAUCACUAAUAUGACUUCUUUCCUCUGCCGCCAUUUCUUCUCCGCCUGAGAAUCUGAGCAGCUUGUGCAAACGGAUUGCUGAAUAUUGAGAGGUUCAGAUUCGAAGAGAAAACUCUCAAACUGGGUUUUUUUUUCCUUUUGUUCCAUUCCGGGGUGUAGAACAAUGAAUGUUGCGCCGGAUUGCUCUGACUCUGAGUUCGUCGAAGUUGAUCCCACUGGAAGAUAUGGCAGAUAUAAUGAAAUUCUCGGCAAGGGAGCAUCAAAGACAGUUUACAGGGCAUUUGAUGAAUAUGAAGGGAUCGAAGUGGCAUGGAACCAAGUUAAGCUCUACGAUUUCCUCCAAAGUCCUGAAGAUCUCGAGAGGCUUUACUGCGAGAUUCAUCUCCUAAAGACGUUGAAGCACAAGAACAUAAUGAAGUUCUAUACUUCCUGGGUGGACAUUGCCAAUAGAAACAUCAACUUCGUGACUGAAAUGUUUACUUCUGGGACUUUGAGGCAAUAUCGGCAGAAGCACAAAAGAGUUAACAUUAGAGCAGUGAAGCAUUGGUGUAGGCAGAUCUUGAAAGGGCUUCUCUAUCUCCAUAGCCAUGACCCGCCUGUGAUUCAUAGAGAUCUCAAGUGUGACAACAUCUUCAUCAAUGGAAACCAGGGCGAAGUGAAGAUUGGAGAUCUUGGACUUGCUGCUAUCCUAAGGAAAUCUCAUGCUGACCAUUGUGUUGGAACACCAGAGUUUAUGGCGCCUGAAGUUUAUGAGGAGGCAUAUAACGAAUUGGUUGAUAUAUAUUCCUUUGGAAUGUGCAUAUUGGAGAUGGUCACUUUCGAAUAUCCCUACAGUGAAUGCACUAACCCUGCUCAGAUAUACAAGAAAGUUAUCUCUGGUAAAAAGCCGGAAUCUUUGUACAAAGUGAAGGAUCCAGAAGUGAGGCAAUUUGUGGAGAAAUGCUUGGCCACUGUGUCCCUCAGGCUUUCUGCUAGGGAGUUGCUGAAUGACCCUUUCUUACAGAUUGACGAGUAUGACCCAGAUCUCCAGUCACCAGAUUAUGGGAGGGAUGUCGAUGAGAUUAGUCCCUAUAUGAGGCAGCCCUACCUUGAUAUUCAUGACAGCAUGUAUUCUUCUUAUAGUAACGGCUAUGGUUAUGAUGCUCAUAAUGAAGUGGAGUAUCAUCAUCCUGCUGAAAUGGAGCAUACAGGGAUUGACCUCUUCGAGUACCAUGAUGAUGAGGACAACGACGACGAUCAUCCUCCCAACGUUGAUAUCCGUAUCAAGGGCAAGAGGAGAGAUGAUGGUGGUAUCUUCUUGAGACUGCGCAUCGCGGACAAAGAAGGUCGUAUUCGAAACAUCUACUUCCCAUUUGACAUUGACAUGGAUACAGCAUUGAGUGUAGCAACCGAAAUGGUUGCAGAACUCGAUAUAACCGAUCAAGAUGUGACCAAAAUAGCAGACAUGAUAGACGGUGAGAUUGCUUCCUUGGUACCAGGCUGGAGGCCUGGGCCUGAAGGCCUCGACGAGACGCCUCGGUUUGCGAACCAAACCCUAUGCCAGAACUGUGCCUCAACUCGAACCUCAAAUGGUUCGCUCAUCGAUUUCAUGUCAAGCAACCCAUGUUGCAGAAAUGGAUGUGCUUCAAUGCAUGGCAGGUUUGAAGAGGUGACAUUUCAACCUGAGGAUACAGAUCAUCAUCAAUGUGCAUCGAAUGCUAAAGCUCACUCGCAUCAUCAUCGACACACGUGGGACCAGCAUGAGAGCCGUGACAUCACUCCAGCAGGGUCUGGGAUAAGCCAUUCGGAUGAAGAGUUUGAGAAGCUUGUUCUAAAGCAUGUCAUGGAGAAUACCGAGAUUGCUUCUCCUCCAAGGAAGUCUGCUCAACAUGCUAGGGGUUCAGGUUCUUUGCUUGAGCUGGCUCCGUUGGACGGAGACCUGGCAGGAGAUGGCCAUGAGAGCGAUAUCCAGCAUGAAAUACGAUGGCUCAAGGCAAAGUACCAGAUGGAGAUGAGGGAACUCAAAGAUCAUCAGUUGGGAAUUAUGAGCGCACCUGUCCCGAAUCCAAGCUCCAAGGAAGAAGAUGGAACAUCUAAAGGUGGUGAGGGUUUGUCAUGUUCGGUAUUGAAGUCAGCAUUGAAGUCAUUACAACAGCAAGAGCAAUGUAGUAGCCCUCUGAGCAAAAAAAGCUCCACCAUUUCUCAAGCUCACCGAGUUCCAAAGAGGGAGCCCCCAGCAGCAGAUCAACCUAUAUUCACUGCCAAUAGCUUCUAUACUGGUUCUUUUCUUCCAAACUCACUUCACAGGACUACUUCCCUUCCAGUUGAUGCUGUUGAUGUAUAAUGUAAAUGUACAUCUGUUUCCACAGAUUUUUAGAUUAUUAUUCUUUUCUUUUUGACCCCCACAUAUAAAAUCAAAAUUAUAGAGGUCUUUCUCCACUACAAUUGGAGCUCCCUCACAGACUGUCACAAUGACUUUUUUUUUUGGCUGUUACUUUUACUGCCAGCCUGUGUUAGGAAGAGAAGAGUGAGAGUAACAACAAUAAUGCAUCUAAAAGUCAAGGACAUGAAAUUAUUGCUAUCAUUGCUAUUAUGAGUUUGGCUGUUCAUGUUGCUAUUACAACCACCCUGGAAAAUAUUUAGUUGCAGAGCCGUGUGGGAUGUGUGUUUUAUCGAACCAAUGAUUGUGGAUGAGGAAAAUAGUUGAAAUCAUUGCUUGGGUAAUAUUUAUGAAACAAACACAUUGUCGCGUACUACUACGACGACGUGAAUGACUAUCGUUGUAAAGCAUUUAAGUAUGCAAUUUUUAGUGGUACCUAUGAAGCGGUGACUAUCGUUGUAAAGCAUUUAAGUAUGCAAUUUUUAGUGGUACCUAUGAAGCGGUAUAACGGUAAGUGUGAAAUAAUUGAAUCACGAUUAACCGUGAUUUCAGUACAUUUCGACACAAUCUCCGCUCUGGUUUUACAAAUUACGAUACUUGCUACUUUUACAUUUGAUGAGAAGAGAUUUUUGAGUGGUGGUGAUGGGUUGGACUGGAUGAUGAUGUUGUUGGCUAACAUGGUGAGAAGAUGACAAUCAUUGAGGAGAGGAGACUUGUGGGGUCUAAUGAGUGACCCCAAUCCCAUGUGCCAUUUUUUUGGCUUUUUAGAUGGCCAAAAGAUAAACAAAAAGACCACAACCUACCUUGAAUAAUGAAAAUGUAUUAGGCAAGGCUUGAGGUGUUUUUUUUUUAUAUGCAAGUGGAAUGAUUAGUGAUCAAGCUUUGGCAUAUAAUUAAUGCAUAUAAUAGGUAGGCUUCCCUUACCUGUUCGAUUAAGUUUGUAAUUAUCUGAUCUAAGACCAUUUAUAUAUGAUUGAUUAAAUUUGGAUAAAAGUUAAAGCUUCGAUUUAAGAGUUUUCCUUCCCACCUUUGAAAAUGUGGGUGUAAAAUAACACGCCAAUGAAAUAAAUUGUCACUUGGAUACAAAGUUAUUAGAAGAUCGUGUGAAAGUUCGUCCUUGGGUGUGGUGGCAGAGGCUCAAAGUGAUAAAUGCAAGGGAGAUAAGUUUGACAAGGUAAUUUGUGAAAAAUUACUCCCUCCCAAUGUGGAAUAGAGAGGUCUAUGGAAAUGUCUUUGCAUGAAAGUGUAAGAUGCAAGAUCGACUAAGAGAGCUGAAAAUCUAGAACGAACGUUGCCUCGCCUCUUAAAGCGAAUAGAAGGAGGAGUAAACUAUAAUCCGCCUACUCGAACUCCUCAAACACGAUAAAGUUUUGUGGUUUCAGAAAUCCCGAGUGCAGUAGUUCAUUGAAGAGGAUUAAAAUACAAGAUUUGCUAAUUUGCCAGUUUGAAAAUUUUGCAUUUUUAAUCUAUUAAUUAAAAAAAAAAAAGAUAAAAAAAACAGAGACUAUUCCUUAGCAACAAAAAAGUAAGAUGGGUAAAGAAUGAUUGCAUGACCUCUCCUUCCUACUCAGUUUGUACCUUUGUUUUUCUUUUCUUCUUCGACUACCAUGUAAGCUCCCAUCUGGCAGCACAGUGCAGUUCAAAUACAAGAUCAGACAAAUCUCAAUCGAACGAUUAUUGACGUAGGCAAAAUAAUAGGCUUGAGUAGACAGUAGAAUCAAUACUGACAAAAUACUAAACAUUGACCAAGUUGGACGAGAACCCUUCAAUACUACUAAACGAUGCACGAGUACCCUUCAAUCCAAAUCUACUAAAAUUAUCAUAUCCUUCACAAUGAUUCAAUUUCUUCUUCUUUUUUAUCCAAAUUUCUUCUUAUUAUAUUACAAGAUUGCAAUAGAACAAAGUCGUAUGC